AAGCGAAUUAAUUUCGCAAUUGCGCAACAGAUGCUUCCGGCGCCGGUGAAGAGGCGCAUCAAGGCCUUGAAGCAACUUCAAUUAAAAACAACCAAUAUCGAGGCGAAGUUUUUCCAAGAGGUCCACGAGCUUGAAUGUAAAUACUAUCAAAUGUGCGUUCCUCUCUACGACCAGAGAAGUCAAAUAGUAUCUGGAGUCUAUGAACCGACGGACGAGCAAUGUGCUUGGGAAAGCGAAGAGGAAGAAGAACUUAGCAAUGAUCUCAAGUCCAAGGUCAAUAUCGAUAUCAAGGAUGAGAGUGAGAUAAAAAAAGAAGCUGAAAUCAAAAAAGACACAGAGGAGUGA